AGUUCCUGAGCAUGAUUUCCCACAUACAAUCUCUUCUCUUUUUUCUUUUCUUUUUGCUAUCUACUAUAUCGCAGCAUGCGAUUCAUCAGCAACUUCGGACUUGUACGGCUCAUACGGAACCCGAGAAUCUUGACUUGACUAUGUACUUGCCUACCUAGUACCUAGGCAAUCAUAUUCUCCGCCUUCUUGUUCUCUAGUUUGCUCAAUCCCUAAAUGCCUAGUUUUUAUGUACCUAUUAAUUCUUUGUUAUUCUUCCCAUUAGCAGGCCGAGGCAACCCCCCACCCACUUGCUCUCGUGAUAUUCAGCUACGAUACUUAAGUCCCCGAUACUACCAUCGAAGUACCUACUCGACUACUCUUAACCUCUUUGACUACAUCGUACCUUUUACGAAACCCGAUAUCAUAUCGAUUCCUACCAUUCGCUCUCCGCCGCGCCGUCGUUCCGUGCCACUAUGACCACUGCCGAGCUACGGCACCGUCCGCCACCUUCCGACGACGUCCCAGAACCGAAUUCAAAAGCCGACGUUACCGGCCCCGUAUUGGACACCAUUACCGGUCAUCCCGCAGGCGAGGCCAAGUAUGGCCGUUUUAGAGCAUUCAUCCGUGCCGUAUCCUUCUUGGUAUACUUUACGAGCGGUUGCCUGACUGUACAUAUUACUCAGAUCCUCGGCGCACCGCUCUACUACCUCAACCGCGACCUCUACUAUGCCUACAUGUCCUUGACGAAGGCCUCGUUUGGUCUGCUGAUCACCACUAUGACACAAUGGUGGGCACCGACAGUUAUAAGAAUAAGCGGCGAUUCCUCAGUUGCCGGACAGUUCAGCUUAACUCCGGAUGGCAGGGUUCAAUGCGCUUUCCCGGAGCGCAUGGUCAUGAUUGCGAACCACCAGAUCUACACCGACUGGCUGUAUCUAUGGUGGGUCGGGUAUACGAACAACCCUCAUAUGCACGGGCACGUCUAUAUCAUCCUUAAGGAAUCCUUGAAGUGGGUUCCUGUCAUUGGACCAGGCUGCAUGUUUCUUGGCUUCAUCUUCAUGUCUCGUAAGAUGGCCGUCGAUCAGCCGCGUCUUGCACAUAGGCUUGGCAAGCUCAAGACCCGGCAUGCGGACCUGGACGGUAAGCGCUAUCUGAACCCGAUGUGGCUGCUCCUCUUCCCCGAAGGUACCAACUUAUCUUCGAACGGGCGAGUUAAAUCGGCCAAAUGGGCAGCCAAGACCGGUCUCCGAGAUAUGCAACACUUGAUGCUCCCUCGAAGCACCGGUAUGUUCUUCUGUCUCAACGAGCUCAAAGGGACGGUGGAUUACGUAUAUGACUGCACCGUCGCCUACGAAGGUGUCCCUCGCGGGAAUUAUGGCGAAGAUUACUUCACGCUGUCAAGCACUUAUUUCCAGGGCCGACCUCCUAAAUCGGUAAACUUCUACUGGAGACGUUUCGCAUUGGCCGACAUGCCUUUGCACGACCAGGAAGAGUUCGAUAAGUGGCUCCGCGAAAGAUGGUACGAGAAAGACGCCUUGCUCGAGCAGUACGUCUCGACAGGACGAUUCCCAGCCAAUGGUGCAGGCAUCAAGGGACAUAUCGAAACGGAAGUUCGAACGAAGAAUUGGUGGGAGUUCAUGAGGAUAUUUGUCAUGCUUGGCGUGUUCGGGUUGAUCUUUAACUUCAUGCUUCGAACCUUUCGAAUACUCGCUCGUCGCUAGUCGUCAACUCCUAUCCAAUCACUUCUCUUUCUCAUCGAGAGGGGUCGAGGGGUCGCCGCAGAUCAUUUUUGACACGGAUGUUGUAUACGAAACAGUCCAAGAGGCAGCAAGAUUAGAGAGUGUGCUUGUGCCAGAUACCAAUGUUAAUAGAUUACUCAACGAUACCAUGGAGAAUAGGAGUUUUCGGGCAGGCUGAUGGUCUUGCAUAGCGGCAUACGGUAGCAUGAAUAUUCAUCUCUACUCAUAUUUUUUAAUGUGGCGCUGAGUUUCAGAAGAUGGUCCUAAAAAUGUCCUAUGGAAGAGAAUAAUUUAUAGGAGUGGCGAAACAAUCACAAACAAUUUGUUAUAU